UGCAGCAGGAGAGCAGCUCACAGAUACAGCUGGCUGGGGAAUACACAGGGGGAGCAACAGGGAUGGAGAAGAGACAGCAGGGGGCUCUCGCAUGUUCCUUAGGGAGCUGGACAGCAGCCUGUGAGUGUUGGGGCCACAGGGACCUGCGCUGGUGACGGGCAUAUGCAAAGGAGAGGUCCAGUGGAGCUAAUCCAUUUGGCAGAAGAGUCAGGGGACAAUAGGAGGAGGCGCGCCAGAUUCUGCAAAUGUCAUCAGCUAUAGAGAGAAAGAGCCUGGACCCAACAGAUGAACCAGUGGAUGAGGUCCUGCAGAUCCCCCCCUCACUGCUGACAUGUGGGGGCUGCCAGCAGAGCAUCGGGGACCGCUAUUUCCUAAAGGCCAUUGAUCAGUACUGGCACGAAGACUGCCUGAGCUGUGACCUGUGUGGGUGCCGGCUGGGCGAGGUCGGGAGGAGACUUUACUACAAGCUGGGGCGCAAACUGUGCCGAAGGGACUACCUCAGGCUGUUCGGCCAGGACGGACUGUGCGCCUCUUGCGACAAGCGGAUCCGAGCCUUCGAAAUGACGAUGCGGGUGAAGGACAAAGUAUACCACCUGGAGUGCUUCAAGUGUGCAGCCUGCCAAAAGCACUUCUGCGUGGGGGACCGCUACCUGCUCAUUAACUCGGACAUUGUGUGCGAGCAGGACAUCUAUGAAUGGACCAAGCUGAAUGAGAUGAUGUAGCACUGGCAGAGCUUCGGGGGCCCAUCCAACAUGGACGCCAGCCACACGUUCACUAACCGCACUGGAACUGACAAUACACGAACGACUGACAAACCAGUAUCUUUCCACUGGAACAACAUUGUCUUAUUCACUGAAUUAACACUCACAUGUACAUCCAGAAGGCCAUUCUGGUGAUCCUACUGUCAUUAUUGGUGCUCUUGUCCUUCCUGAAGCAGCAUGUGGAUAAUUGUGACAUAACAAACAGUGGUGAAACUCUAAAAGCAUAUAUAUAUAUAUGUAGGGAUCCUUUAAGUGAAGAAUGUAACUACAGUGGUUUCAGCGGGCUCUGCAUUAGAAUGGGACACCUCAGUGGUACAGGCAUGGUCUGAUUUCACCUUGACACCACCCAGAACUAUGGAGAACCAUGUAAACUCAUGGAACACUCAUCAUGGAAAAUCUAUGCAAAAAUGUAAAUGUAAAUUUGUUAUCAGGGAAAAGAUUUGUUUUUUUUUUUAGACAGUAGAUGAAUUUAUUGGCAGAAAAAAAGAGUCUCACCCUAAUUGACUUACCCGGGGACUGCCAGCUUGACUUGGAACUGGAAGGGUAAUAGACUUGUGGUUUGGGCACACAAGAGAAUAAAGAUGAUUAUAUGUGGCUA